AUGGAUGAGACAUCUGGGGAGGAUGCGACUGCUGCUGGUGGUGGCGAGUGUGUGGCUGGUGGCCGCCGUGGGGCAGGCAGGGGCCAAGCCACCCAACAUCGUCUUCAUCGUCGCCGACGACAUGGGCUGGAACGACGUGAGCUUCCACGGCUCGGACCAGGUGCCCACGCCCAACAUCGACGCCCUGGCGUACCACGGGGUCAUCCUCAACGGCCACUACGUGCAGCCGGUCUGCACGCCGUCCCGGUCGGCCAUCAUGACCGGGAAGUACGCCGUCCGGCUGGGCAUGCAGGGCCACGUGAUCCUGGGAGACGAGGUGCACGCGCUGCCCGAGGGCAAGAUCCUGCCGCAGUACCUCAAGGACCUGGGCUACGUCACCAGGGCCAUCGGCAAGUGGCACCUGGGCCACUACUCCAAGGUCUACACGCCCACCUACCGCGGGUUCGACUCCCACCUCGGCUACUGGAACGCCGGCGUCGGCUACUACGACUACAUAUUUGCAGACAGGGGAGCCCACGGGUACGACCUGCGCGAGAACCUGACGACGGCGUGGCAGUACAACGGCAAGUACGCGACGGACGUGUUCACCGAGGAGGCGGAGCGGCUGAUCCGGGAGCACGACGCGGAGCGCCCGCUGUUCCUCUACUUCGCGCACCUCGCCUGCCACCCCGGGGACCACUCGCAGCUCAUCAACGCCCCGCAGGACCUCAUCAACAGCUUCUCCUACAUCUCGCACCCCGACCGCCGCAUACUCGCAGCGGUGAUGGCGAAGAUGGACGAGUCCGUGGGGCGUGUGGUGACAGCCCUGCACGAGCGCGACAUGCUCAACAACUCCAUCAUUGUGUUCGUCGCCGACAACGGGGCGGGCAGCGACGUCAACUGGGGCUCCAACUUCCCGUUCAGAGGCAUAAAGAACAGCCUCUGGGAGGGUGCGGUGCACGGCGUGGCUGCUGUAUGGAGCCCCCUGCUGCAGAACACGUCCAGGGUGGACCACGAGCUGAUGCACAUAUCGGACUGGCUGCCCACGCUGUACGCCGCAGCAGGAGGUAAUGCGUCCGACCUGCCGGACGACCUGGACGGGGUGAACAUGUGGCCGCGGCUGGUCUCUGGAGAGCCCAGCCAGCGCACGGAGAUACU